AUGGCUGGACAGGAGGAUCCGGUGCAGCUGGAAAUUCACCAGGACUGGGCGAAUCGGGAGUACACUGAGCUCAUCGCCAGAAGCAUCAAGAAAAUCGUGGACUUUCUCAACUCGUUCGACAUGUCUUGUCCUUCAAGGCUCGCAACACUGAAUGAGAAAUUGACAGCCCUCGAACAGAGAAUAGAGUACAUAGAAGCACGGGUGACAAAGGGUAAGACCCUCACCUAG